AUGUCCUGGAAGAGCGAGGCGGAGGGUGGAGGCCGGUGCGACGACCGGGGAGCCGUCAUUCACCGUGGUGGACCUGCGCGCGAAGAGGAGGGUCGACGAAGGGUGCAGGGAGGUGGAGUCGGGUGUGGUGAGGCUUCGCAGGGCCUCCGCGACCGCGAGGACGAGGCUGCAUGCCGCUGUCGCACCGCGGUGGCUGGCGCGACAAAGACGUGGCUGCAAAAUGUUAGCACCGCGGGAUAG